AUUCCACAGGAUGCAGUGGGCGAAGGGGCUGGGGCUGGGGCUGGGAGCUGCUGCCCUCUUGGCACUGGGGAUCAUCCUGGGGCACUUUGCCAUCCCCAAAAAUACCCCCAGCAUCUCAGCCACCCAGGACCUGGACCUGGAGAUCCUGGAGACUGUCAUGGGGCAGCUGGACGCCAGCAGGAUCCGGGAGAACCUUAGAGAACUCUCCAGGGAGCCGCACCUGGCCUCCAGCCCCCGCGAUGAGGCCCUGGUGCAGCUGCUGCUGCAGCGCUGGGCGGACACCACAUCAGGCCUGGACUCCGCCGAGGCCUUCGAGUACGAGGUGCUGCUGUCCUUCCCCAGCCAGGAGCAGCCCAACAGCGUGGACGUUGUGGCCUCCGCUGGGGGCGUCCUCUACUCUUGCCUCCGGAGCGAGGAGAACCUGACUGGCGAGCAGGGGGGACCCGACGUGGUGCCACCUUACGCUGCCUAUGCACCCCCUGGAACUCCACAGGGCCUCCUCGUCUACGCCAACCAGGGCAGCGAAGAAGACUUCAAGGAGCUGCAGACUCAGGGCAUCAAACUGGAAGGCACCAUCGCCCUGACUCGCUACGGGGGUGUAGGGCGUGGGGCCAAGGCUGUGAACGCCGCCAAGCACGGGGUGGCCGGGGUCCUGGUGUACACAGACCCUGGCGACAUCAACGACGGACUGAGCCUACCCAACGAGACCUUUCCCAACUCCUGGCACCUGCCUCCCUCGGGCGUGGAGCGAGGGUCCUACUAUGAGUAUUUUGGGGACCCCCUGACUCCCUACCUUCCAGCCAACCCCUCUUCCUUCCGCCUGGACCUCGCCAAUGUCUCCGGAUUCCCCCCGAUUCCCUCACAGCCCAUUGGCUUCCAGGAUGCAAAAGUCCUGCUCUGUAACCUCAACGGAUCCUCGGCCCCGGCUGCCUGGCAGGGAGCACUGGGCUGUGACUACAGGUUGGGACCUGGCUUCCGCCCUGAUGGUGACUUCCCAGCAGACAGCCAGGUGAAAGUGAGUGUCUACAAUCGCCUGCAGCUGAGGAACUCCUCCAACGUCCUGGGGAUCAUCCGCGGGGCUGUGGAGCCUGACCGCUAUGUGCUGUAUGGAAACCACCGGGACAGCUGGGUACACGGGGCUGUGGACCCCAGCAGCGGCACUGCCGUCCUCCUGGAGCUCUCUCGCAUCCUGGGCACCCUGCUGAAGAAGGGCACCUGGCGUCCCCGCAGAUCCAUUGUGUUUGCAAGCUGGGGGGCAGAGGAGUUUGGGCUCAUUGGCUCCACGGAAUUCACAGAGGAGUUCUUCAGCAAGCUGCAGGAGCGCACAGUGGCCUACCUCAACGUGGACAUCUCUGUGUUUGCCAAUGCUACCCUUAGGGUGCAGGGGACACCCCCUGUCCAGAGUGUCGUCUUCUCUGCAGCCAAAGAGAUCCCCUCACCAGGCCCGGGAGACCUCAGCAUCUACGACAACUGGAUCCGGUACUUCAACCGCAGCAGCCCGGUGUACGGUCUGGUCCCCAGGCUGGGCUCUCUGGGUGCGGGCAGCGACUACGCGCCUUUCAUUCACUUCCUGGGCAUCUCCUCCAUGGACAUCGCCUACACCUAUGACCAAAGCAAGACCUCAGCCCGGAUCUACCCCACCUACCACACAGCCUUCGACACCUUUGAUUAUGUGGACAAGUUUGUGGAUCCUGGCUUCAGCAGCCACCAGGCCGUAGCGCGGACAGCUGGGAGCGUGCUUCUCCGGCUCAGUGACAGCUUCUUCCUGCCCCUUAACGUCAGUGACUAUAGCGACACGCUCCGCAGCUUCCUGCAGGCUGCCCAGCAGGAACUUGGGGCCCUGCUUGAGCAGCACAGCAUCAGCCUGGGGCCUCUGGUGGCCGCAGUGGAGAAGUUUGAGGCAGCAGCCGCAGCCUUGGGCCAAUACAUAUCAACACUGCAGCAGGGCAGCCCUGACCCCCUGCAGGUCCGGAUGCUCAAUGACCAACUGAUGCUCUUGGAACGUACCUUCCUGAACCCAAGAGCCUUCCCAGAGGAACGCUACUACAGCCACGUGCUCUGGGCACCCCGCACAGGCUCCACAGCCACAUUCCCAGGCCUGGCCAAUGCCUGUUCCAAGGCCAGGGACACGAGCCCUGGAUCUGAAGCUUGGGCUGAGGUGCAGAGGCAGCUCAGCAUCGUGGUGGUGGCCCUGGAGGGUGCAGCAGCCACCCUGAGGCCUGUGGCUGACCUCUAACCCCGGCCAUCUUUCCUCAGCUCUCCCUUUACCCUAACCCUCUCCCACCCGUUAUCUUGGGGUAUGUCCCAGUCUUCCCCGAUGCCAGGAGAGGGCGCAACCAUGGGACCUUCUCAAGCUUCUCAGGCAACAGCUUGGGGCUCCACCAGUUGCAGACACCCAAGGGGAGUGGCAACCCCCCAUGAAAAUCUCCCUCAUCCUGGUGCUUAGUUGGCACAGGGUGGACAGCAGGAGACAGGGAUGGCAAAACCACCAACUGCUCUUGGUGGUGAGUGUAUGAGGAUGGCAUGUAUGAUGCCAACCUUAGACGCCAAAUCAGAGAUCACCACGGCCACCUCUUAAGGGACCAGUGGGUAAACUGAGGCCCUAGGUGGAUGGGGCCUUGCCCAGUCUAUGUUCCUCUCCUCCCAUGCUCUUAGCAUUUCUCAACUCCCUCCUGUAUUCCCCCAGAGAAAUAAAGUCUAGAGACUGGUCCC